CUGAAUAUUUGCAACACAGACGACUCACGACCUUAACGAUGGCUCACAAGCUCAGGGAGCCUUAUUCUGGGAAGAACCCCGUGCCCCAGAUAGCCACAAAGCUGUCUGCUCUCAUCAACCCAGAACAUGCCACGGAAGCAAAGGCAGCGCAACUGCAAGACCAGAGUGGUGCGCAGGACCAGAAGCAGACAGAGAAGCGCGCCCACAGACUGGCCAAGGGCUACGUUAUGCACGUAGUCGACCCCAUCACGGGGGAGGAGAUGGACAUUAGGAACGCAGACGAGGAGCCGGACACCAGGAAUAGAGGAGAGAACGUGCUAGAAAACGAUUUUCCACCUCCAAAUUGGGGAAAGCACAAGCAGCGCAUCCUUUCUGAAGUCAUUCCAUGCGUCAUGGCUAUCGCCGCAGCAUACACAGCAACGUUCAUCUUGACCCACAUCUUCGCAAGUUCGUUGGUCACAUCUUCGCUAGCCCUCAUUCUUCCUACUGCCCUGGCAUACGUCCUCUUGUUUCGGAUCAAAUGCAUCGCCCGCAUGGAUUUCGACGAUCGUGUCUGGCAUGCAGAGCGACUUCGCGGAAUGCGUGCUGGUGAUGACGCGGACGGAGAUGGUCAAGUAGGCUGUGAAGAAAGGACAAAAGAGAGUGCCGAAUGGGCGAAUGCCGUUCUGCGAGGGGUCUGGCCAAUUAUGAACCCUGAUCUAUUCGGCUCUUUGAUUGACACGCUGGAGGAUAUUAUGCAAGCCUCUGUGCCGAAAUUCGUGCAUUCUGUCCGCAUCGCGAAUGUCGAUUUGGGUCAAAACGCAGCUCGCAUCACCGCCGUCCGCUCACUACCAGACACAAAGCCUCGCGAACAGGUGAACCAGGAAGACGAACAACAGCAAGAUCCCUCAGAGCAGGAAGAACUAGACGAGCAACACGUGAAUGUAGAAGUAUCUUUUGCUUACCGGGGCCUGCCAAGCGGAAAAAGUGCGAAGAGCAAGGCGCGCAAUAUCCAUUUACUUGUAGAAUUUUUCCUCGGUUUGCAAGGAUGGUACGGUUUCAAACUUCCUGUCUGGGUGGAAGUCACCGGUAUGAUCGGCACGUCGCGAGCUCGAUUGCAGCUCAUUUCAGAACCGCCCUUCGUGAAAAAGACCAUGAUCUCACUGAUGGGCUUGCCCCGCAUCACGAUUUCCGUUGUUGCUCUCAGCAGGGCCCUUCCGAAUGUCAUGAACCUUCCGUUCAUCUCCGGAUUCGUCUCCAGUUCUAUCGAUACCGCCGUUGCCGAAUAUGUUGCUCCAAAGAGCUUGACUCUCGAUCUGCAGAGGCUCAUCAGCGGAGACGACAUUAAGAAAGACACAGAUGCGAUCGGUGUGUUCAUCGUACACAUACACCGAGCAAAGGAUGUCAAGCGCGCGGACGCAGACGGUGGCUCGGAUCCAUACUUGACGCUGACGUACUCGCGCCUCGGCAAGCCACUCUACUCUACACGCAUCAUCAAAGGCGACUGCAGCCCGGUCUUCGAAGAAACCGCGGCAGUGCUCGUCGACGUGAACACGAUCCGACUGCGCGAGAAGCUGAGCUUCCAGCUGUGGGACUCGGACCGCAUGAGCGUCGACGACCUGCUCGGGAUCGCCGAGGCCGACAUCAUCGACCUCGUGCGGCACGGCGGGCAGCCGCACCGGCGCGUCGCGAAGCUCGGCGACCCGCACAGCAAGCACGUGCCGGGCGUGCUCGAGUACACGGUCGGCUACUACCCCAAGCGGCCGCCGACGGAGGGCCUCAAGCGCGACGGCCAGGACCCCGGCAUUCCCGAGGACCUCCGCGACAGGCAAGAGUUCAAGAACGCGAAGGAGAUCGCGCUGAACGACCUCGAGGCCGCUGUGCUCGUGACGCCGCCAGACCCGGAGUGGCCGAGUGGAAUCUUGAGCGUGCAGGUGCACGAGAUCCGCGGGCUUGGUAUCAAGAAGGAAGGCCGGGAAAUGAACGUCGCCAAGACGGGGGGCUCCAGGGAAGGCGAGAAGGGUCAGGACGAGGAAGCACAGGAAGUGGAAGAAGCUGAAGGUCUUCCUUCCUCGUACUGCACCAUCUCAUUGAAUGAUGAAUUGGCCUAUCAGACACGGGUCAAGCCGAUCACAAGCACACCGAUAUUCAACGCAGGUACUGAACGCUUCGUCAAAGAUUGGAGGACUGCCCAUGUUACCGUGGCGGUCAAGGACUCUCGGGUCCGGGAAAAGGAUGCCGUCCUUGGCGUUGUCAUGUUGAAACUGUCCGAGCUUCUCGUCAAUGGUUCGCAGCUGACACGACUGUAUUCGCUCGAGCAAGGCUUGGGAUACGGUCGUAUCCGCCUAUCUGUGCUCUUCCGCCCCGUAGAGGCCAAGCUCCCGCCAACUCUCUGUGGCUUCGACACCGGAACUCUUGAGGUCCGCGACCUAUCGGCGAAGCUCAACAAGAACAUCUCGCUCGACUUGUCCAAGUGCGGAGUGAGGCUGAAGACGACAAAGUCCGGUGCCGACGAGAAGGUCUCGAGGAAGAACGCGCAGCCGCACGAAGACGGCUCCGUCCGCUGGGACUCGGAGGAGACGAACCUGACCCGCAUCCCCGUGCGCAUGCGCUACGGCUCCGCGCUGCUCAUGUCCUUCAAGUCCACGGCGUCGGUGCUCGGCGCGCGGUCCGCGGGGCGCAAGGCUCUCGCGGUGCUCUGGCUGCGCGACGUCGCGGACAACGACGAGUGCGCGCUCGAGCUCCCGUUGUGGAACGUCACGGACGGCAACUACUCGCGGCUGAAGAUGAACUACAGCCCGCCGGACGGGAACCUCGACGCGUGGGACGAGGACAGGAAGAAGGUGCGCCGCGUCGGGAGCGUGCGCGUCCACCUCGUGUUCAAGCCCGGCAUCUCGGACCUCCACCAUCGGCUCAUGGACGGCGGCGGGACGCACCGCAAGGAGGCGUGGGAGACGUUCACGAGAGAACGCGAGGGCGGGCUGAGGGAGAGCGUCGGCGAGUUUAGCGAGGACCAUCGCAAUCCGGAGAGGAGGCCAGAGGACCUGGCGGAGAAGCGGCAGGGGAGCGACAACGGUGCAGUCCACGGUGCAGAUGCCAACGGUCGCCAAGAACCUGUCGCGAAUGGUCCUUCGGGAGGCUAUGAGACCAACGAGUCUCAGCCUGGCAGCCGAGAUCGUCCGGAAGACGCCUCACAGCCAGGGAUCAACACUAUGGUCUCCUCCGAGGCGGUCGAGAACGAGGAGCUCAACGAGCAUCCUGAACGUGGCGGCGAUGAAGAGAGUGGCGACGACGCCGACGAUGAAGGCGGCAAGAAGACGGGUGUCGUUGGGAAGUUCAAGGAGUGGCGCCAGCACGAGAAAGAGCUUCACAAAGAGCACCGGGGUGUCAUGCAGCUGAAGCCCGCGCGGACGGCUGAGUGGGUGAAAGACAAUGUCGAAGACAGCGUUCACCACUUAAAAGAUAGGUUUGCGAUGAAGACCAGGAAGCCCGACGUGGAGACGGAAAUUUAAAGGAGUAGUCUGCACGGUUGUAUUGGUAUCUUUCCUGUGUAAUAUCUCGCCUACAUCUCACUAGUAAUAGGCUGGUCAUUCAGGCACCCCCGGACAGACACUGGACUGUGUUGUACUAGCGUAGCUCUCAUGUACUCUUUAUUUAGCCUCACAUCUCGACACCACUGCAGUUUCGCCUGCAACAUGCUGUUGCAGCGAGAAGUCGGAGGUAAUUUCUCGAAAUCAGACUGAG